AUGGCUACCGCAACAUUAUCUAAUGGUAUCACGCCUACCAAACUUCAGAAGCAUUUUCAAUUCCGACAGAUCACUUCCAUACACAAUUUUCGACCAGUUGGAGCGCAGAAUGGGAUUGAAUGCAAACGAUUUUUGUUUCGGUCAUCUCGACCAGAUUUGCUCCAUGCAGACGAAGUCGAAGAGUUCAUGGAUUUGGGAAUCAACAGCAUUAUCGACUUACGUUCUCACCAGGAGUUUUUGUUCGUUGACGGAAACAAAUACUUACAGAAAAAAGGCUUGUAUACGACAUGCAUUGUUGACUUACCGAAAAAACGAAAUUACAGACCAGCAGAAGAAGUUUCAUAUACUGUAAACAGGGACUUGAUGAGAAAUGAGAAUGGUUCAAGCGCACGUAAUCAUUAUUUGAUAAAUUUCUAUGAGAAGGAAUAUAUAAUUAGCAUAAUCAAAAGAGCACCCUGGUAUGCGAAAAUCUUGUCAGUUUUUGUCUUUCUCUUUGAUGUGAUAUUCCGGACACAUUUCUACUACUUGGUGCGAUUGUUUGCAUAUUUUGUACUAAAUCCAGCAGGACUAGCCGGGACCUACAUUGAUAUCUUGGAGUUAAGUCAGACUAGCAUUUGUGCAGCUUUGAAGCUCCUGACAAAGAAGGAGAACCUGCCAGCUCUCAUAAACUGUGCCCAUGGAAAAGACCGUACUGGAAUCACCUCAGCUUUGAUCCUCCUAUUACUCGGCGAGACAAUAGAAAAUGUCAUUGAGGAUUAUACUAUGUCAGAGAAGGAGCUGGCGGCAAUAAAACCACGACUUCAUGAUGAAAUCAUCAAAAGAUUCAGCUUUGAUGAGUCGUUCCUGUAUGCUAAGCAGGGAACUUUAAAAACUGCUCUCAAACACAUCAAUGACAAGUAUGGUUCUGUGGAAAACUACUUGGAAUCAAUUGGAUUCAGCCGUAGUGAGCAGCAACAUCUACGUGAAAACCUGGGAUACAGAACGAAAUUUAUAGCUGAUACAUUCAACUGA